UUGGUUCUUAGAUAGUAGUAUUUUUAAUUUAUAACAAUGGUGAUAUUAAUUAUUAAUUAAGAAAUGUGUAAUUUUCAGUGUCACGAAUAUUUUGUGAUAGUUGUGUUCUAUUAUUUUAUGUGUUAUAUUAAUGAUCUUAUGUUAUACGUCAUGGGACAAUUGGAAGAAACUGUGGGAAGGUAAUCAUCAACGAGUUAGGCGUUUAUGACGAACUCGAACGAGGUGAAAAUAUGGGAACCGUUUCGAUCGAUCUUCGAUCACUGGACACAAGUGAAAGGCGAGGCCAGCUGGGUGGAAGUUCUCAUGCCGCGGGAUCCUCGAACGAGGGUCCUGAGCCGGAUGACUCGGACGCCGCCAGCAACGAAGCUCGUCUACGGGGUGUGCUGCAACCGACCUCGUCCGAGGAUCAGGCGGGAAAUGUUCGACGACUUCCGGCGGAGGACGCUGAACCUCGCGGUCAAAUACUGAAACUCGCUUAUCCAAAAGGCAAACGGAAUAGCGGGAAGAAAGCAACUCGGUGCAAACGCAGGGUCACGUUCGCCGUAUAAGUUCCAUUCCGACGCUACUUUCACAAAUGUGAGAAAUAAAGUGAAAUAAAAUCGAUCGC